CUACCCCCUUCCUUUAUUCGACUCAUCGCUGCCAUCAUGACCAACCCAGUCGUGUUUUUUGAUGUCGCCGCCGGCGGCAAGCCCAUGGGGUGCGUCACCUUCGAAGCUAUUUGCAGACAAGGUUCCAAAGACAGCAGAGAAUUUUCGUGCCUUAAGCACUGGGGAGAAAGGUUUUGGUUACAAGGGGUCCUGCUUCCACAGAAUCAUUCCUGGGUUCAUGUGCCAGGGUGGUGACUUUGCUCGCCAUAAUGGAACAGGUGGCAAAUCGAUUUAUGGUGAGAAAUUUGCUGAUGAGAACUUCGUCCUCAAGCACACCGGUGCUGGCAUCUUGUCUAUGUCAAACGCUGGUCCCAAUACAAAUGGGUCUCAGUUCUUCAUCUGCACUGCCAAAACUGACUGGCUGGAUGGUAAACAUGUGGUCUUCAGCAAAGUCAAAGAUCGAACGAAUAUUGUGGAAGCAAUGGAGCGCUUUGGGUCAAGGAACGGCAAGAUAAGCAAGAAGAUCACCAUCUCUGACUUUGAGCAGCUGUCGUAA